UUGCUCAACUCCUUUACCUUUUUGACAGGCAGACAUUAAAGCAGCUCUUUUUUCGGGCCGCAUAAAUAUCUGCUUUUAUUUACUACAUCUCCAAAUAAAAACUUAUUAAAAUGGUUGUUAAGAAGCCCAGGCCAAAGAAGAAGCCAGUAACCAAGAAGGUUGCCCCUGCACCAUUGGCAGUUAAGAAGCCAGUGGUAAAGAAAGUUGUAAAUCAACUUUUCGAAAAGAGGCCCAAAAAUUUUGGCAUCGGUCAAAAUGUGCAACCUAAACGUGAUUUGUCCCGCUUUGUUAGAUGGCCAAAAUACAUUCGCAUUCAACGUCAAAAGGCUGUUUUGCAGAAACGCUUGAAGGUGCCACCACCAAUUCAUCAAUUCACUCAAACACUUGACAAAACCACAGCUGUCAAGAUGUUCAAGCUGUUAGAAAAGUAUCGUCCAGAAUCAGCACUUGCUAAGAAACAACGUUUGAAGAAAAUUGCUGAAGCCAAAUCUAAGGGCAAGGAUGUGCAACCCAAGAAGAAGCCAUCAUUUGUACGCUCUGGCACCAACACAGUAACCAAAUUGGUUGAACAAAAGAAAGCGCAAUUAGUUGUCAUUGCUCAUGAUGUCGAUCCAUUAGAGUUGGUACUUUUCUUGCCUGCUCUCUGCCGUAAAAUGGGAGUUCCAUACUGCAUCGUUAAGGGCAAAGCACGUUUGGGUCUUUUGGUACGUCGUAAGACUUGCACGACCUUAGCUUUAACCAAUGUUGAGGCUAAUGACAAGGCUAACUUCAGCAAAAUCUUAGAAGUCAUCAAGACCAACUAUAACGAUCGUCAUGAUGAAAUCCGUAAACACUGGGGUGGUGGUCUCUUGGGCUCAAAGAGUUUGGCACGUAUCGCUAAGUUGGAACGCGCGAAAGCACGUGAAUUGGCACAGAAACAAGGCUAAGCUUAAGUUAAGCUUUACGUUUUGUUUUUAUAUUUUAACAAUAGAAG